AUGUUCAACUCCCCACCCACCCACUACUCCCAAGAGGGACGGUGCGUCACAAACAUCAUAUGCGAGUCAUCAAACCCUGGUUUAUACGUGAAAGUGACACUAGGGAAUAGCCCAGUAAGGGAGACUGCGAUGAUCCGAGAAAAUAAUCCACCUACAUCGAAUGCCACCCUUGCAUUUUCAUCGUCAGAUGAUUCGGAUGUUGUCAGGAUGUGCGUCACAGAAGAAACAAAUCGUAGAACGUAUAGGCAAACGACACGCCAUCGCCAAAUUGGGUCGGCCAUGAUGUCGAUUAAGGAGUUAUUAGAAAAUUGUCUCGAAGAUGUGAUGUGCAAGGCAGUUGCGGAUCCUAUACCAGACGGACACUCUUGGACCGAUCAUAUGAACACACUCAGUCGCGCGGCCGAUGGGCUUUUCAUCUGGGCGUCGACGGCGGUUAAAUUUGUCUCGAAUAAUGAUGACCCAUUUGGAAAGCUUGAUGAACUAGUGUUAAACAUUCGUUCGCUCAAUGGACUUGACAACCUGUAUGCUACUGUGCUGGAGCAGUCGGGUAUCUCGUGGCUGGACCCGAAGUCUGUUGAUCGAUUCAGGAAGGUACUGGGUCUAGUUCUUUUGGAAAAGAGUCUCUUUCGGAUGCUGAUAUCGAUAACGUCUUAG